AUGCAUAAUGAAUUUGACGACAUUGCUAUCGUGCGAGGAACAGUGGACGACGUGCCGGCGGUCCUCCAUCUCCUAGAUACCGCAGUCAAAUGGCUGGUGUCGCGUAACAGAACUGGGCAGUGGGGAGAAGCACCGUUUUCGGAGAAUCCACAACGCGCUGAACAACUCCAAGAAUUUGCAACAAGCGGCCUUGGCCUUUGGCUCGCCAUCAAGGUUACUGAUGGCACGCCAGUGGACCAGGAUCAACCCUCAAAUAUACGCCCUCAAACUAUGAAUGGAGAAGCUUCAGGGUCCAUCGUAGGAGCGCUUGCUGUUGGGGAGAAGAUGCCUUACGUGGCAGCUAUCUCAGAGCCUGAGCUUUACGUGCGCUUAUUGGUCACAGAUCGAAAAUCCGCUGGUAGCGGGAUUGGCAAACGCCUUUUGGAACAUGCUCGUAAUCUCGCCUACGGAGCUGGAGUCUCAUUGCUACGGGUGGAUUGCUAUGCAGGUGGUGACGGCAGAUUGGUCCAAUAUUAUGAGUCUCAAGGAUUCAAGCGAUUCGAAACAUUGACUCUUAAAGGAGACUGGCCUUGUCAAGUACUUUCUCAGCGUUUACAUGAGGUGAAGGGAGAGUAA